AUGUCCACCGCGAUCCUCAAAGCGAGCCCCAUCCACUUCGGCCCCUUCCCCGUCACCACCCAGGUCUUCCACCUGACGCGCUACUCCUACGCCCUCGUCAACCUCAAGCCCAUCCUCCCGGGCCACGUCCUCAUCUCGCCGCGCCGCGUCGUGCCCCGCGUCGCCGACCUCACGCCCACCGAGACCUCCGAUCUGUUCUUGACCGUCCGCCGCGUCGCCCGCAUGGUCGAGCGCGUCUACGGCGCCUCGAGCCUCAACAUCGCCAUCCAGGAUGGCGUGGACGCCGGCCAGAGCGUGCCCCAUGUGCAUGCGCAUGUGAUCCCGAGGCGAGCCCGGGAUCUGGAGGCCAGGGGCGGCGUGGAUGCUGUUUAUGAGUUGUUGGAGGGGGAGGAGGGGGAUUUGAAUCGGAUUCUGGAGGGGAAGUUGGAGAAAGGGGAGAAUGGUGAAAGGAGGAGGAAGUUUCCCAAGGUGGAUGAUGAGGAUAGACAUCCUAGGAGUUUGGAGGAGAUGGAAGCUGAGGCGAGGUUUUUGAUGGGGGAGAUGGCGAAGGAGAAGGAGGAGUGA